AUGAAGGAAGAUGUGGACGCGAUAAAUGAAUUUUUGAUUGAAAAGUUCCCAAGGGAAUAUGUUGUUUAUAAAAGUUAUGAUAGCAUCCUUGAUGAUAAUUGUAUUUUGUACCCUACUGAAUUCUUGAACACACUUUGCUCUGGGGGAAUGAGUCCGCAUGAACUUGUUUUAAAAGAAAAUAGUCCUGUUAUUCUCUUACGUAAUAUUGAUCCAUUCGUAGGCCUAUAUAAUGGCACUAGGCUCACAUGUAAACGAUUCUUCCGUAAUGUCAUUCAAUGUGUGAUAGCAAUUGGACAUUACCAAGGAGUCCAUAUGAAGCCUCAAUAUGUUUCUGUUAAUAAACUUACUCCCAAAAUCAAAGGAUACAAGAUUAAGGUAACUCUAAAAGAGAAGUCCUCUGCUAAAGCUCCCCCUGGGGAAAAAACAUUCCAAAAGCUUGUGUUUGAAGAUCAUGAGGGUAAUGAGAUCAUGGGAACUUUGUUUCAGGAUGAGGUUGAGCAUUUCAAGCAUCUGUCAUUUGGAGGCCAGACAGCUAUCACACAAGUGGAUCCUACUGCAGGCCCUGUACUGCCACUUUACACUCCAAUUGCUCAGGUGCCACCCACUAGCAACAAAGAUGAUCAACGUCCUAGGAGUUGUGGUGCACAUGGUGUUGAGUUUUGUGGUGUCCGACACCGCGAGUAA